GUGACUUGGUGUCUAGAGACAUCCAGGCCAGUGCUGCCUGUCCAGACACCUUCCCCAAGCAGGGGCUAUUUCCAGAGCCUUGGCCUUGGACUCUGCAGAGCCCUAGUCAGGUGAGCCCCCUCCUCUCCAACGUGAGCCAAAGAGUGUGCAUCCAUUUUACAUAUAAGAAACCAAAGUCCGGAUAGUAAGUGACUGCACGUGCCGAUUGGUGGCACAGCCAAGACUCAGUGGCAUGCGACUCUGAAAUCUGUGCUCCCUUCCCACCUAACAGCGGCCAGGCACCUAAUCGGGACUUGUGCUGACCAGGCAGGAGCAACUGAGUCGCUGCCGCCAUUCUUUAGCAGUGGGUCAGGUCUGGGGAGCAGCUGUAGGGCGCUCCUUUCUGGAGAGGAUGGUCGGUAUAGUGCAGUGCUAUGGUCCCCGGAUCCUGUAUGCCUUGUUUGCCGCUGACACCGUUGUGGGAGGCAGGGGAGGAAGCUGUAGGGUAGAGAAGGUUUCUAGAGGCCAAAGCAUGACUCCCGGGAGGUCUCCCGUCCUUCCUCCCUGCAGAAAUGACCCAGCUUCGGGGCUGAGGGGGGCGGGGGCUGGAUACCAUGGUUACAUCGAUCUUCCCUGCCACAUCCUCCCAUAAUCCAACCCAGACCGGGCUCCAAAUCUCGCCAUGGGGCAGCAGGCAUUCUCCAUGCCUGCUGCGUGUGGUUGAAGAAUGGGGGUUCGUGUGUAGCUAUGGAGAGGAGGAGACGACAGCUGGUUAGAGAGUGUCAGACUCCUGCGCCCUGACACUGGCCCCCUCCUCAUUUUAUCUCCGAUGCCUUGGGCUGCUGCAUCUCUUCCCUCUAGUGUCUGGGAGGUUGAGGGUGGACCAGGACCCUCACUGCAGCUUGCUCCAGGGCACCACCCCGUCCCCCUUUCUCUUUCUUGCUCCAUGCUGGAUGUUGGUGGUUCCGGUCCCGCCAUUGGCCAGCAGCUUUCAGGCACCAGGGGCCUCUUAGUCUCCCUCUUCAAUGUGUGUUUUCACUAGGAGCAUUGUGGGCAUGUUUCUGGGUCACGGGUUCCCAAGGGUUUAAGACUCUCUUUCCCACUUGCUGACACCCCUGCCCCACAUGGCUGCACUGGUGUGUCAGUCUGCUGCUCUAAGCGGUGUCCCCACACAUACAAGUGGCCCUUCUUGGUCUUCAGGCCUCCACCAUCUUCCUCUUAGCUCCCGGCGUGGAAGACUUGGCCAUCCCCACAGUGGGCCGGCCAUGUGUAUGACCCUCACUCCUUUCCUUCACGUCCCUCCUUGUGUCACUGGCCUCCGAGGAGUCUUCCUCCCGAGGAGCUCAUAGAUCUGCUCCCUGUGCACUGCUCCCUGGCUCUUCUCCAGGACUUGUUACGGGGCUGUUUGCCUGUCUUGCCAGAGCUCAUCUUGGAUCGCUGUGUUUUCCUUGCUCAAACUCCUCCAGGGGGCCUCAUUCAUUUUCCCUGGUUUUAUUGUGUGUGUGUGUGUGUGUGUGUGUGUGUGUGUGUGUGUGUGUGUACAUGCAUGUGUAUGUGAUGUUCAUGCAGGUCUGUACGCCACAAUGUGUGUGGGCACAUGUGUAUGCAUGUAUACUAGUGCCGAGGCCCAAGAUUGGCAUCAGGUGUCUUCUUUCGUCGCUCUGCACUGUGCGUUGCGGCAGCGUCUUCCCUUCUGCUGGUCUGGGUUGCCGACUUACUCUGAAGAUUUCCUAUCUCCACCUCCUUCCAGCUGGGAUUGCAGAUGGUCGGCCAUUCCCACCUAGCUUCCCAUGUGGGUGCUGGGAUCUGAACUCCCAUUCUCAGGCUUGCACAAGUGUCCCUGAGAAUCGGAGCCUGAGGGGGGCGGGCCAUGUCCCCAGCCCCCUUCAUUUCUUACAGAAUAAAAUGUCCGUGCUGGAAAGUCCCUCUCCUUUGGAAGGUGCAGCUUGGUGGACCCCCACUCACUGGGCUGGGCAGGCCUCUCUUUUGGAGCUCUUUUCUCACAGGUGUGCCUCAGGACUUGUCACUAGCUGCCAUCCCUGGGUAUUACUGUCCCACCUACUAUGCCUGAAUUUCUUGAGAGAGCAGGCUGUUUACAGAACUGUCCAUUCUGAAGGGCCUGCCAGAGAGACGGACACAACCGUGGGUGUGUCGUGAGCGUGAACUCUGCUGAGAGGAUGCAGCAGACUAGGGAACUGUCCUCCAUCACCCUCGUUGUUGGUUCCUCUCCUGUUCUGACCUCUUCCUUUCCGUGUGAAGCUAGAGUUCUUCUCAACCUGCCUUUAAGCUCAUGUAGGCAAGUUCAAGCUCCUGGAGCAGGCUCGAGAUGUCCGAGAGCCGGUGAGAUACUUCAGCAGUGUGGAGGAGGUGGCCAGCGUUUUCCCUGACCGAAUCUUUGUGAUGGAAGCCAUCACCUUCAGUGUUAAGGUGGUGUCAGGCGAGUUCAGCGAGGACAGCGAGGUGUACAACUUCACACUGCACGCGGGCGACGAGCUCACUCUCAUGGGCCAGGCAGAGAUUCUGUGCGCCAAGACCACCAAGGAGCGCUCGCGCUUCACCACGCUCCUGCGCAAGCUGGGCCGCGCUGGGGCCCUGGCCGGAAUGGGUGGCCCGGGGAGCGUAGGGACCGCGGGGGGUGGUGGCGGGGCCGCCAGGCCCGUCAAAGGCAAGAUGCCGUGCCUCAUCUGCAUGAACCACCGCACCAACGAAAGCCUGAGUCUGCCUUUCCAGUGCCAGGGCCGCUUCAGCACGCGCAGCCCGCUGGAGCUGCAGAUGCAGGAGGGCGAGCACACGGUGCGCGCCAUCAUCGAGCGCGUGCGGCUGCCGGUGAACGUGCUGGUGCCCAGCCGGCCGCCACGCAACCCCUACGACCUACACCCGGUGCGGGAGGGCCACUGCUACAAGCUUGUCAGCAUCAUCUCCAAGACGGUGGUGCUGGGGCUGGCGCUGCGCCGGGAGGGUCCGGCGCCGCUGCACUUCCUGCUGCUCACCGACACGCCGCGCUUCGCUCUGCCGCAGGGCUUGCUAGCCGGGGACCCGCGCGUCGAGCGCCUGGUGCGCGACAGCGCCUCCUACUGUCGCGAGCGCUUCGAUCCGGACGAGUACUCCACGGCUGUGCGGGAGGCGCCCGCAGAGCUCGCCGACGACUGUGCCAGCCCGCGCCGGGCGCGCCUCUGUCUGCCCGCACCGCGCGCCCCCGGGCCGGUCCGCGCACCUGGACCACCGGGUCGCCUCGGGCCGGCCCUGCCCGCGCCCGGCGACGGCGACCAAGAGUACGUGAGCCCCGAUUGGGCAGGCGCGCCCGAGUCCGCGGCCGCGUGCGCCGAGAUCCCCUACGAGGAGCUGUGGGUGCAUCAGGCCCCCGAGAACCUCGCGGAUGCCCGUGUCCGGCCGCUGCCAGGGCCCGACCUCAUCUCCUUCGGGACCGUGGGGACCCCAUGUCAUGAGCCCGAGGCACCACCGCCUCCUGUGCCCCCCAAAUCCGAGGCGGUAAAGGAAGAGUGCCGCCUCCUUUAUGCCCCUCCCGUACCUCCUCGGGGUGGCAGCAGUUGUGGCAGGCUCACAGGCAGCCCGCCAGUGCCGCCCCGAUUCCCCAAGCUGCAGCCUGUCCACUCGCCCAGCUCCAACCUCUCCUAUUACUCCUCUGGCCUGCAGGAUGGGGCAGGAUCCCGCAGUGGUAGCGGCUCCCCGUCACCGGACUCAUACUCCCUGUAUUGCUACCCUUGCACCUGGGGAGAUUGCAAAGCCAGCGAACCCUCUAGUCGCCCGCCCCCGGGACCCAUGCCUUCUACCACCACUCAGCCCAGCCAGGUCUCACGAGCCCUAGCAGAGCCCCCGAGUGCUCGAACCACCUCCCUCGUAGGGGCGGACACCCCAGUGGUUAAAAACUACCAUGGCUGCCCACCUCUCUUCAAGCCCUCCCAUCCCCAGAAGCGCUUUGCUCCGUUCGGUGCGCUCAACCCCUUCUCUGGGCCUGCCCACCCUUCAGGUACUCCUGCAGCCUCUUCCUCUGGGCCCACAUCCACCUCGGGUGCCCUGGCAACCUCCAGCCCCACACAUUCACCAGGCCCAGGCCCUCAGGGCCAAGGUUACUCCUCCUCCUUGUCAUCCUCCGAGUGGCAGGAGCCGGCGCUGGAGCCCUUGGACCCAUUUGAGCUGGGGCAGGCUGGUCCUCCCGAGCUGGAGCUGCGGCGCUGCCAGGAGCCCCGAGCUGUGGGGGCACCUGGGUCUGCACCCUGCCUUUCACCACUUGGCCCCCCCAAGGCCUUUGAGCCUGAGGGCUUGGUGCUGAGGCAGGUCCCCGCCGCAUUGUCACCAGCUGCCUUGCAGGGGCCUGAGGCAGGAGGAACCCUACUCUUUCUCACCCAAGGGGGCCUUGAAGGGUCUCCUGGCAGUCCCAGGGAGGGCGUCACAGCCGCUGGAGUCCGGGAUGCCACCUCCUGGCAGCCACCAGCAGACUUGUCCGCCCUCUCCCUGGAAGAGGUCUCACGCAGCCUGCGCUUCAUUGGGCUCUCAGAGGACGUGGUGAGCGUCUUUGCCCGAGAACGCAUUGAUGGAAGCAUCUUCGUGCAGCUCAGUGAAGACAUCUUGGCUGAUGACUUCCACCUCACCAAGCUUCAGGUCAAGAAGAUCAUGCAGUUCAUCAAAGGCUGGAGACCCAAGAUCUGAAACAUCCGGCCGGCGGCGGCUGCACAGCCUGAAUGUUGGGAGCAGAGGCCAUGGGGUCGGCCAGAACCAGCACUCCCAGGGGCAGGUCCUUCCCGCAGGGAAAAUCUGGGCCAAGACUGAGGCUGCUCUGUAGGUUCUGAGUGUCCCAGGGGAGACACACUGGGAACUGUGGUCCUCGGGGACAGACCCUGCAGGAGCAUGUCCUGCGUUUGGGAAGAAAACUUGGGGAGGAGGUGCUGUUCUGCACCUGCCCUGGGGAGUCCUUUGCUGCCAUUCCACAUCAGGGAAGGUGGCAUGUGUGUCAGCAGGCGGCUCCAUGGAGGCAGAAUGCAGCCUUUCAGACAGCAUACACUUCUCAGCCCUUUAUGUUCAGGCCAGAGAGCAAGGGAAGAUGUAGCUUCCCCAAAGCGCCCUCUCCUUCAAGCUCUGGGGGUUUGGUCUGCCCCUGCUCCAGAGUUAGGGGUGUCACUUCAGUGAGGUACCCUCUUUCCGGCUGCCCCCAUGAUUAGGCACUUGGCCCAGAUGAACCAGUGACGCCUGUGUAUGCCCAGCCCCGAGCCUCUGCUUUGGGCUUCGCUCUGUCGUCAUCACAGCUACCUGUGGUUUCCCCUGGGGCAGUCUGAGGACGGUUCCUGGGAGAGUGGCUAGAUGCAGGCCAGCUGCCCUUUGAUUCUAGAAACAAGCAGCGGUCAGAUACUCCCAAGCUGCCUGUCUCCCACUGUCGGCGUUUGGCUCUGAUGGACACUGGGGUCUUCCUUGUUGUCACUGGGACAGGACAGUGUGACUGGUAAAGGAAAUAUGCUGGUUCCAGAGCUCGGCCCUGUGCUUACAUGGUUCGCAGGUGAUCUCUGGGCCCUGCAGUCUCAAGUGUGGUCUGUAUGACAGCCAGAGGCUUGGCUAAUGCACAGGCCCACUGCACUCUAACAAGGACCACACCCCUCAUGACCGCUGGCGUGGGGGGGCAGAAGGUGGCAGUUUUCUUGUCUGCCUUCCCUGACCUACUUAGGUAUUUAUUUUCUUUCCCAGUAGUUAAGCCCUGCCCACACCUGUGCCUGUCAGAGGGGAACACGGAAGCUGUUUGUCUUCUCAUAACUAAUGAAUCCUCAAGGAUUAGGGAAAUAAAGGCUAGACCACAAACUA